CUUAAAAAAAACAUCAAGGAGGAAAAGAGGAGAAGCUGAGGUGAUAAAUACAAUGAUCUCAGAAAUUAGGGGAGAUAAUUCCAAGGAAGAUCAUCUUAAAUCCCAAGCCGGUUUUGCUUCCAUCGUCUCCUCUUCUCCAUCCCCGGAAGCGGACAGGCUGCUGAGCUGCAGGAGCAGACGGGACACCGGCAGCAGCAUCACCAUCCACCCGGAGGAGAGCGGCAGCAUCCAGCCUCUCGUCCCCGCCCGCAUCGACAUGACAUCGGCGGACUUCCCGGCGCACACCGCCCCUUUGCUGCUGACACACACGUCCAAGCGGAGCCUUUUCUACAAAGCGCUCUGCUUCCUCCUCCUCCUCUUCCAAGGCGGCGUCUUGGACUUCUACCUCAUCAUCUUCACCGACCUGUACUGGUGCUCCUGGAUCGCCACGGACCUGGUGGUGGUCUCCGGGUGGGCCAUGUUCUUCGUGAAGAACGCGCGCAGCAAGCGGGAGAGGGCGUGCGGCUUCCACCAGAAGGGCUCCAUCUUCGGCGGGUGCAACCUGGGCGAGUUCACCUACGCGUACCUGGCUUGGCUCAUUUACGUCAUAGCCUGCACCCCGAAGGUGGUGCUCGUCUUGGAGACCUCCAUACUGGAUCUAAUCGCCGUCAAAGUGCCAUGCGGGGUGACGGGCUUUAAAGUCGUCACCUUGCUGUCCGCCCCGCUGCUCUUCUGCCUCAUGAACGCCAUCACCGAGGAUCUUAACGGCGCCACCCGGCACCAUUCCCACAGCUGCUUCAUGACCACCUGCCUCGACCUCGUCGACAGCUUCUCCCUAAUGGAGAUGCUGCUCCGCAACCAAAUCCCGACCCCGUACCUGAAGUACACCGUCAUAUCGGCCUACUUUUUGGCCCUGGCGGUUCCCGUUAUCUGGCUCUACGAACUUACCGUCUCGGAGCUCCGCUGCCGGUGGCUGUGGGCUCGCUUCUUCGCGGGCCUCCUGGUCAACGCGCCCUUGCUGGUGGUGCGCUGUUUCCAGGUGUUCGUCUACAAGACGCCGGUGUCGGUGUUCAUGUUUAAAAACAUGUUCUUCCUGCUUUGCGCCUUCCUGGACUUGAGCGAGCAGUGCGUGGCGGUGCGUGGCGUCCGAAGGAGGAUGGCGGGCGGAAGUAACCAGGCCCAGUUCUCCCACGGAGUGUCCGAAAACGACAUGUGUCCACACGGAUAUGUUAACACCCUGGCCGUCACACAGUCCUAGUUUGGGGGGGUUUCUGAACAAGGUCCACCAUUGUUUCCCUUUUUUAAAAGUCGGAGUUCGAGAAAAUUGUAAUUAGAAAGGAAAUAUAUAUGACUUCCGGUUAAUUUAGCCCACGAACCUAAUGACAUUUGGAUGUAGGACCUCUUUACCAUUAAGGCACUCAAAAUAUGUUUUUUUUCUCCCAAUAAUUACAACAACAUAAACAUACUGUAAUUAUUGCACACUUGUUUAACCCUCAGGAGACAAAAGCUGACCUUUUUUGUCCUUUCAGUACCCUUUUGCUGUAUUUUUGGCCAUACAUUUGGCUGUUAUACUCUGUCA